AUGAUUCGUUUAGCAGAUAAAAUACGUCAACGACAAAGUGGUAUUACCAGUUCAGAACCAGAUGCUGUCCAAUCAGCUUCUGUACGUAAUGCUACUAUACGUGAUCGACUUGUUCUACAAGAAUUACAAGAGUUAAGAAAUAAUUUAUCCUCCCAGUGUACAAUUCAUCAUCCAGAUCCAAAUAAACUUCAUGAAUUCACACUAAUUGUACGACCUAAUGAAGGCAUAUGGGCUGAUGGAAAUUAUCACUUUAAUAUUAUUGUCCCAGAAGGGUAUAAUCAUACACCCCCACUAGUUCAUUGUACAACACAAAUAUGGCAUCCAAAUAUCGAUGAGGCUGGACGUGUCUGCUUGAGUCUACUACGACAAAGUUCAUUAGAUUUUUCUGGUUGGGCACCAACAAGACGUUUACUUGAUGUUGUCUGGGGCAUUGAAUCACUGUUCUCUGAUUUAUGCGAUUUUAAUGAUGCAUUGAAUACAACUGCUGCUGAACAAUAUCUACGUGAUCCUGAAGCAUUUCAUGAUACUGCACGUAGUUAUGUCUUCCGUUUUGCACGAUAA